AAUGAAUAUUAAUGAUUUACCUAAUGAAAUCUUAUCAAUUAUAUUUAGCUAUUUAAAUGUGAAAAAUCGAUACUAUAAUAGAUUUGUCUGUAAAAAAUGGAAUACAUUGCUUGCUGCUUUAUUGGGCGAUGAUGGAUGGAUAAUAAUUCAUAAGGAUAUCAAUGUACCAAAAGUUUCUAAUAGAUAUAAUAUCGCUCUAUAUGAUGCUGACAUUAACAUUAAUCAACUUCUUCCAUAUGCAAACCGGGUUAAAGGUCUAAAAAUAGCUUGUGCUAUUAACUGGGAAUCACUAGUUAAUUUCCUAAAAAAUAUAAAAGAGCUAGAGCAUUUAGAUCUGACAUCUUGCUCAGCAUCUUCCUUUCCAAAUAUUCCAUUGCAUCAUCUGAAAAUAUUACAUAUUGGUAGCCUAUGUUCAUUUGAUUUGGGAAAAGUCCUUAGCAAAGCAUCUUCUCUGAAACAUUUAACCUUUCAUCAAAGCCAUUAUAAUUCUUCUGUGGACAACUUCAUUCGAAAUUCAAAGUCAUUAGAAGGAGUUCACUUUGAAAGGAUUGUAGAAGAGAAUAGAGAUUUAAUAAACCUAUUCGAAAAUGGUAUUAAUCAUUUGAAAGUAUUUAAACAAAGCGGAACUUUAACGAACGCCUUUCUUCCAUAUUCAAAUGAAGUUUUAGAAAAACUAACUAUUAGUGGAACGGGAUUAACAGGGGAUCUUUCAUUGAUGCUUCUUUUUAAGUUAGCAUCUCAACUAAAGUUUCUCAAGUUAGCUACACCAGGUUUGAGAAUUGAUUGGAAUAUUCUUAAGAAAGUUACACAGUUAAAGGAAUUACAUAUAUCUAACAAUUCAGGAGAAUUAGAUAAAUCGCUUUCCAGUUUAACAUUACUUAAAUGUCUUGACGUUGCGUCAUUUUCUACAAUUACCUCAUCAACAUUGAAAAUAUUACGAACAAAUUGUUCCUUAUUAUCUCAUUUAAAUAUAAGCGGAACUUCUAAUAUCAACAACGAAGAUGUAAAUGAACUGGUAAAAUGUUUACCAAAAUUGGAAACAUUAUUCUUGGAUCAUUGUUUCUCAUUAACCUUUCAAUGUUUGAUUGACGUUCAUAUCUUCUGUAGAAAUUUACGAGCUCUAAGCCUACAGAAAUUGAAAAAAGACGAGACUGCUUUAGAAGACGUUGCCAAAUUAAAAAAGCUUGAAUAUUUGAAUAUAGCAUUCUGUAAAUUAUCUAAUUCAUGGUUUCAAUCGACCUGUUAUAAAUUAUUAACAGUUAUAAAACUAAGUCAUACGAAUAUAACUGACGAAGGAGUUUUACAUUUAGUUAAAAAUUCCUAUAGAAUUAGAGAAAUCAAUUUAAUGGCAACUGAAAUAACUGGUGAUUGUUUACGUUAUCUAAUAACUGUUCAUUCAUUACGAGUUCUUGAUAUAACUUCUUGCGAAAAUAUAUUGGAAGAAGUAUUAAAUGAAGUUAAAGACAACAAUAGACUUAAUCAUUUAUUUUCUUCAAUACCAACACCUAUGGCUUUGGAUUGUCCUUGUAUAGCUCUACAUCAAAAGUCGAAUGUUCCUUUUCAUAAAAUAUUUACAAUAACUUAA